GCAAGGGUUGCACUGCAGAGGAAUGGUGGGUGACCAAGCUGCCUCUCUAGUUCAACCCUCUAUCCCCAGGCCGCAUGGCGCAGCUGGGGGGAGGUGGCUGGGUGCCCGGUGCCCUACCAGCACAGGAGGGAAAACCCCAAAGCAAACAGAUACUAGUACUGGGCCUGGAUGGAGCGGGGAAAACCAGUGUUCUCCACUCACUGGCCACAAACCAUGUGAAGCGAAGUACAGCUCCCACAGAGGGCAUCAACGCGGUCUGCAUCAACACCGAAGAAGCCAAGAUGGAAUUCUUAGAAAUUGGGGGCAGCGAAUCUUUGCGUUCCUAUUGGAAGAUGUACCUGCCUAGGGUUCUGGUGCUGAUCUACGUUGUGGAUUCAGCAGAUCAUGAGCGCUUCCCUUUGGCUAAACAGCUUCUUCAUCAGUUGAUCCAAAAUGACUCCACUCUGCCCGUGGUGAUCCUAGCCAAUAAACAGGAUCUCAAAGGUGCCUGUUGCAUCACAGACAUUCAUGAUGCUCUGGCAUUGUCUGAAAUGGGAGAUGAGAGAAAAAUGUUCCUGAUUGGAACCCACGUUGCAGAGGAUGGCUCCGAGAUCUCUUCCAGCAUGCAGGAUGCCAAGGAACUGAUCACGCAGCUGGUUUCAGAAACUCAAUGACAACUGUUCUCCUGGGAGCAGUAAUGGGAUACUGUGUUAUUGUAUUGCCAGCUUGCAGCCACAAUAGUUUCACUUUCAAAUCAAAUAUGUGGCAUUAUUUUUCCUAACGCAUGGAGUUUAUAUGAAAAUGAUGUCAAUUUGUUAUGGACAUCUGUUUUAUUUACGGUUUGCAGUUUAAAAUAUCUUUGAAAAGCAGUGUAAAUAUUUGUAGGGUGGGGGAAGUUUCAAUAAGACAGAUUUAAUGGGAGAUGCAGUUUAGAAACAAUGAGCCAGAUCCUCAGCUGGUAUAAAUCAACCUUAUUCAAUUAACUUCAAUUACAUGACACUGAUUUAUACCAGCUGAGCCUGAAAUUGUUUGUUUUUAUGUUUUACAAAAUCCUAACAACAUGAUUUCUGCACUUAAAACUAGGAAAACUUUCCUCCACAGUGUUGGGAAGGUUCAGAUUGUUCAGAAGUGGCUAGCAGGUUUGGAUGCCCCAGUUUCUGAGUGUCCCGCUUGGCACCUUUGAGAAGGGCUGUUUCUCAGAGGGGGGCCAUUCGUCACUUUCUGGAAAUCGGGCCCUUUUAAGGUGCCUUGAGUUGAGCACCCAAAAUCACUAAUCCCCUUUGAAAAUCUUGGCUUGCAGCCUUUUGUUAGAGUGUGAAAACCAGGAAGUGAAACUGAGAAGGUAGAAACCACUAAGGGUUUCUUUGCCUAUAGAAGAUAGUUUCAACAGUAUAACUUACAGUGUGAAUUUAAACCUGUUUAGUUAGUGAUGCAAACAGCUCUUACUUUAGUUUAAGAGUGGCUUAUUUUGGUUUAGUUUAAUUCAACUAGGAACCUGUUUAAGCUAAACUGAAAUUAGCCAUUCUUAUACCAGAUAAAGCUAUCCAGACACCCCUCUUGUGUUAGUUUAACUCUAUUGGUUUCAAAGACAAGCCCUAAACUAAGUCAAAUGCCAAAAGUAAACAAACAAUAUCAAAGAUGAAAAAUAAAUCACAUUUUAAAAAUUAUUUUGGUUAUUUACAGAUAAGGAAAACAAUUUGUUCAUUAUGUUCAUCUUGCCAUUGUCUCUUUAAUUUAAAGAAUGUACCUCCUUAAUAAGAAUAUUUAGAAAAUACUGUAAAUACCAAACCAAGGUUUUGUAACAGCAGAUUCUGUACAAAGGUUUUGUAGCAGCAGCCUUUCCAUUUGUCCACUGAAACAGUUAUAUAAAGCAGAACAUUUUAUCGUAGUCACAUGUCUGAGUUCAUUUUUCUGACCAGACUGCUCAGCUGAUAUUCCAGAACAUCCCAGUGGUCUGGUAGAGUUAGUUUUCAGUUGUAUUACACUCUGGUAUUGUUAAUGUCAAAAUCCUGGUCCCAGCCUUCCCACUCUCUUUCUCCAAAGGCCUCUUUUCCUCUGCUUUGCACACAUCUCCUGUUCUAGGCUGCUGCUUCACCUCCCACCUCCUGGACUCAGCUCAGGCAGCUAGCACUCUCCCCCUGGUGAACAGUGACUGCCUGCAACCAUUCCUUGGGCCACUCCUGUUAGUUGAUUGGCUGGGGAAAGGAAGGGGGUUCAAACUCUCUCUAAUGCUGCUUGUUGGGGAGGGUAAGUGUGUUCAUUUCAAACCUCAGCCUCUGUCCAGUUUCCAACCUCACCAUUCCGCCUGUAUAGUGCUGAACCCCUAGCUCCAGGAGCAGAACUGACCCAAAAUAUUGGCCUUUACUGACUUAAAGAACAGACCAACACUGAUUUUUCUGCCAGAUAGACUACUGGAGCAGAACUUGAACCAAAUUCGGUGACACCAGUACUGCUUUGUUUCCCUGCCCUUUGCCCUAAACUGAGCAAGAGGUGAUGAUAGCUCAAAACAGAGGUUAUGGACUUAAUACAGAAAUUACUGGGUAAAAUUCUUUGGCCUGUGAGCUAUGCAGAAGGUCAGAUUGACUGAUCAUAAUGGUAUCUUCUGGCCUUAGAACAGAAGAACGGCCAGACUGGAUCAGACCAAAGGUCCAUCUAGCCCAGUAUCCUGCCUUCUGACAGUGGCCAA